UGCGCCCGCCGGCGUGGCGGCGUGCGUGCCGCAGCGCGCCUGCUCGCUCGUCGGCCCGCGCCGCGCGUCUGAGUGAGACGGCCGCGUGCUUGUCUGCUUCUAGCUGCGCGUGUCUGUCUGCCGUCUUGCGCGUCGACGUGUUUGAUUGACGGUGUUUACCACUCGCUCUCGCCGGCGAGCGACGUGCCCCCUUCUUUUACCCAUUAGCUAUCUCGUGCUAAUCGUAACGAAUAUUUUCUGCUCGCGAUAGGGGGUUCACUAGAAUGAAAUGAAAGUGAAAAAGAGCGCAGAACCGCGAAUGUUGCAGACGGUGUACGUCCGUGAACCGUGUUCGGAGGAGGAGGCGGGCGCGGGCGCGGGCGCGGGCGCGGCGGCGGUCGGGCGGCUGGUGGACUCGAGCCAGGCCGACGACCGGCGCAUGAUCCGCCUCGUGCGGGAGCGCCGCCUGCUCUACGCCCGGAACAACAUGCCCGUCGCCAGCUACUACGCCCAAGUCAAGAGUCUCUGGGAGGAGGUUGCCAUUGAGAUGGGCUGGACUGUGGGAGACGUGCGGCGCAAAUGGUCGCACAUUCGCAACUCGUACUCGCGCCACCUGCGCAACGAGCUUGGGGGCGCGCGCACGGGCCGCGGGCGGGCCGUCAGCCGCUGGUACCUCGCCGACGAGCUGGACUUCCUGCGCGAGCACAUGGCCACCGACACGCGGGGAGCGGCGACGGGGUACGCGCCCUCCAUGCUGGAGAUGGGCGAGCAGGCGCAUGCCGCCGAGCAGGACGUGAAGCCGCUGCUGGGGUUCUCGUGGCUGACACCGAUGCCGCGCAUAUCCGACGUCCACUCGGAGGUCGCCGACGACAGCUCCAGCUCGCAGGCGUUCGCUUCAGACGAGAACUCGUCCUUCUUUCAGUUCUUCCGUGGCAUCUAUGACGACUACCAGGAACUGUCGAGCCGACGGCGGCGGCAGUUCAAGCGGCGCUGCCUCGAUGCGCUGCAUGCGCUGCUGGACGAGCAGGACGCGGCCGGCGGUGACGCGAGCCCCACCGGCGAGGAAACCCACGCACUCACGCCCCACUUGGCCGGUCCACCUCAGUCGCCCCAUGCCACCCCCUUAUCCGCGGACAGUAUUUUACCCAACGACUGAUUAUGUAUUAUAUAUAUUACAACGUUCUUAUUUCAAGUAUCCAGAACAAAGUGCUUAUAAAAAUUAAAUAAAGACAACCUAUAUUCUGUCUCUUCACCUGCGCAACCAAUAGAUAGGUGCUAAAAACAGAAUUAUGAGGUUAUAGAUGCCACUUCUUUUCGUAAAUCCUAUUUUUUUUUUGUAGAAUUUUCGCGUAAGAGAUUUACCUACUUAACUGUUUAGUUACUACUUCGUUAUUGGGUACCUAGUGUUAAAUCUACUAGUUUGGAAAACUUCUUCCACCCUACCUAAAAGCUUAAAGGGAAUAAUACCUACCUACGAAGGUUCAGGUUACCUAGUAGGUAGGUAGGUAGGUAUCUUUUUCUUUCGGUAGGAAGGGUAUGACAUUAUAGAGAGAGAGAGAGAGUCGAUGAACAUAUUAUAAUAAAAACAAUAUUAAAACGUA